AGAGGUGUUGCUUUGAAAUUUGAGUCUGUAAUGUUAAUUCUAUAUCAGAAAUGCUUGCAUAUUAGUUUUCAUGUUGUGUUUGCAGUGAUAAUUAUGGAUAUUUUUAUGGGAGGCUCCAGUUUUGGUACAGUUAAAAGCAUAUAAGUCUUUUUUUUAUGACAUGCCUUGAAUAUAUUAUGAAUUUUCACUUUUGCUUUAAGGUGCCUGAUGGUCGAGGAAAACUGCCAGCUAGAUCAAAGGGCUGAUGUGUCACUUGUUGAUGAAGAUUGGGACUAUAAAGCAACAGAAAUCUUGAUCUAUAGAAACAGAAUCAAUGAUCUUGAAAUAGAACUUCAAAGAACAUUUCAUUAUUACCAGGAAGAGAUUGUUUCUGUUCAGAAAGAAACCCACCAUAAUUGGUUGGCAGCUUGCAUUGCUGAAAGAAGCCUGAAUGAGUUGAAGCAAGAAAAUAAAAGGAAAAUGUAA